AUUUGAUGAGGUAAGAACAUGUGAAUCUGAAUAGCUUGAUUCUCUAACCUUCGCUUUUCCUAGUCAUCAAUACAGCUCGUGCCUUCUCCUCAAAGCAAUACCUCGCCUUUAUAAUACCAUUUUCACCAUGAUUAUUGCCAUCGUCUCACAGAGUGCGAAUUGAGAGACUCGCACGGCAAGGAAAGCAAGGGAGAAGAUGUCGGAUUGGGGGCCGGUAUUUGUGGCGGUGGUGCUAUUUAUACUCUUAACACCAGGUUUGCUGAUUCAGAUGCCGGGUCAUCACCGAUUCAUAGAAUUUGGCAACUUCAAGACUAGCGGAGUUUCCAUACUGGUUCACUCCAUCCUCUACUUCGCUCUCAUUUGCAUCUUCUUGCUUGCUGUUGGUGUCCACAUGUAUGUUGGUUCAUAGCCCUCGAUUGCGGAUCUGCUUUUGACACAGAGAUGUGACGCCUAUAACAUGUUGUAAUAAAUCUGCUCUUUUUUUUUGGGUUUUUGUUUUAAGUAGAUGUUCUUUUAACUUGAUUCGUGUGGCAAAUAUUUGUACUUAAUCCAUUGAAAAGAUGUAAUGGAGUUCUAUGUGUGCUUUGUGAUUGCAA